GGUUAAUCCUGAUGAUCAGUGACCGCAAGUUUGCAUUUUGUGGAGAGAACUUCAGCAAAUAUUCCCUAAAAGGAGGAGUGUUUGCGUCAUGCACGGGAGAAAAAACACCCUCAUCAGAUUAAAAGAUUCCAGCAUAAACAGGCUCUGUAGGAAACUGCAGAAACAUCAGCACCAACCUGAGUCAAGUAUGAGAAUUUGAAGGCAAAUUACAACACAAAAGACUAAAAAAAAAUUCUUAAUUGUAACUAAGAGUGACAAGUAAUCUCAAAAAGAUAACCUUUAGACCUCUGUGAGAAAACAUAGAUGGACAUCAAACCAUUUAGCACAUACAUGCCAAAGAGCAGGCUGAUGGUAGUAUUUCAUGCGCUGUCAGCAGCACCAACCGCCUUCCCCCACUGCAGUAAUGGUAAGAAAAGAAAAACAAGACGAGUAACAAUCCUCAUUAUUGGCUUUUACAGAGUCGUGUGGCUGCGUUGCCUGCGACACACCUGUUAGCUCGUAAAAACAUUAAGAGACGUCGCGAACACCUCGCUGCCCCCAUCAAGGUAAUGACCUUUCUCUCAGCGUGACGCUCACACCUCCACUUCCCCUCCGUCCUCCGCAGCUUUCAUCCCCAGCAACAGCACACACACAUACACAGAUGGAGAAGGAAAACAACAACUAGAACAACACGUAAACUUCACUCCUGUAAACUGACCCCAGCUGUCUCUUUUAUAUUGUUUGGGAUGUCUGCUAGCAGGUAGGUUUAGGUCCCUUUUUUCUGUCAGUUUGAGAGUUUUCUUUCUCCUACUGAGCUGCAGGAAGACAGUGUUUGCAGAAUAACAUUCAUGCAGUGAUAAAAGGCAAUCAUCAGCCGGUUGGCAAGCCUUCCAGAAAACAUUAGAUUACUGUUUUUAAGUUUUUGCAUAUUAAAAUCUCUUUUGAGGAUAUACUCUGAUGUUUUGUGACUGCAAGGAAUUUAAGUUUCGACAACAAAAGCAGACUUUGAAACACACCAAGGGCUGCUAGGAAAGGAAAACUCCUGAAAAAUUAAACCAAUAAGAGACAGAAGUGAGGAUGAUGGUUAUUUUUCCCUGUCAGUCUUUGAGCUGAGAAAAUUUUAACCCUCCUGUCAAAAAAUAUUGUUUUCUCAUCUGAAAAAAAAUCCAAAAAUUCAGCAAAAAAAAUCUCAAAAUUUCUGAAGAUUUGCAAAACCUUCAGGAAGAAAAUUCCAAUAAUUCCUUAAAGUUUUUUUUUUUAAAUUCCCCCAAAUUUGGCAAAAAAAAAAUCUUGUAAAUAUUUUUCAAAGAAUUUGUAAAAAAUCUUCCAAAAAGUCCUAAAAAUAUCUAAAGUGAUUACAUAUAUAUCAGUAAACUUCUAAUAUUUUCUUUAAGAACAUUCACAAAAAAAUCAACAAAAAUCCAGUGAAAUUCGCGUGAUUUUUCCACAUUUUCAAAUUUUAAAACGGGUCAAUUUUGACCCGCAGGACGACACAAAGGUUAAACAAUAUUGCAUGUGACAUACUGUUCACAUAGCUGCCCUGAGCUACUUUACAUUUGCAAUGAUUUGACACUUCUUAUCUUAUACUCAACAGUGGACCAUACUGGUACAUUUUCUUGCGUGCAGUUUAUAGGUAGUUGGACUUAAAUCUUCUGUCUUCUAUUUAUACUCAUUUCAGUGGAAAAUACACUGCCUGUCCAAAAAACAGUCACCACUUGGAUUUAACUAAACAAAUAGGUAAGAACCUUCCACUGGAUAAUUACUGCAGUGAUGAAUUCGUUUCAGCUUCAACAACUUAUUUAACCCUAGCUGAUGCAAUGAAGAGCUUCUCAUUUCUUAGGCAACCAUGUCAGAAGACAUAUCCUGUGGUUGCAGAAAGGAUGUGAAUCUGUCUCAGAAGGGUCAAAUUAUUGGCCCGCACAAUACAACUGGAACUCAAGGGGUUGGGACUAAACAGCUGCGUAGCUCUAAGAAAACCACUGAUAAGUGAGACUAAUCAGAAAAAAUGACUUCAGUUUGCCAUGGAGCAUAAAGAUUGGACUCUGGCGCACUGAAAGAAGGUCAUGUGGUCUGAUGAGUCCAGAUUUACCCUGUUCCAAAGUGAUGGGUGCAUCAGGGUAAGAAGAGAGGCAGAUGAAGUGAUGAACUCAUCAUGGCUAGUGUCUACCAGCCUGUGGGGGUUAGGGUUAUGAUCUGGGGUUGGUCAGGUUCAGCAACGUUAUGUUCCCAAAGAAUGAGGUCAGCUGACUACCUGAAUAGACUGAAUGACCAGGUCUUUCUGUCAGUGGAGUUUUUCUGUCCUGAUGACAUGGACAUGUUCCAAGAUGACGAUGCCAGGAUUCAUGGGGCUCACAUUGAGAAUAAGUGGAUCAGAGAGCAUGAGAUGUCAGAGUCCAGACCUCAGCCCGACUGAGGAUCUUUGGUGUGUGCUGGAGAAGACUUUGCACAGCGGUCCGACUCUCCCAUCAUCAAUAUCAGUACCAAGGUCUUGGUAGAAAAUGAAUGCAUCUCUGGACAGGAAUAAAUGCUGUGACGUUGCAGAAGCUUAUUGAAACGAUGCCACAGCUAAUGUGUGUCGUUCUCAGAGCUAAAGGCGGUCCAACAAAAUAUUAGUGUGUGUGACUUUUUUUUGGACCGGCAGUGUAACAUAGAUUUUACUCCACACAUGCUAUGUAGAUCAAAGAUUUUCCGUAAUGAAUGCUGCAAGAAUGACUACAGAUUAUGUAGUUCUGCUAAAGGAAUUUCUUUCUUUCUUUCAACAAUCAACAAUCCACAGCAAGACAAAAACAGCUAUUUAAACAGUGGUCUCUAAAAAAAGAACAGAUUCAAAUGUGUCUAUUUUUUUUUUUUUUUAGAUCGUUCUGCAAAUUAUUCAAUGUCCAAAGUACAUAAUAGGAAAAUGCCGUUUUUCCCAGAUGUGCAUGUGGUCAGUGAUGUCUAACCCACCAAAUCAUGUAUUUUGGAACUUUGCAUUUGUAGUGAAACACACAGAUGCGUUGAACAUUGAGACAAAGCUACACUGGAGAAAAAAGUACAAAUUUUGUAGCAAAUGUGCCAGAAAAAAAAAACUUGAAAGAGUAAAAUCUGUGAAAAUAACAGCAAAUGUCUGUAAAAUAGUGAUAUUUUUUGAGCUGUUAUAGAGUAAAACUGUGUAAUUUUACAACACACUUAGCAUAAUAACAAAUUACUACAUGUAAUACUAAUUUUUGAUGGGAAAAUUCUCUUUAUUUUUGGCCUAUUUUUGAUAUGAAACAUAAAUGGAGGAUGUGGGGUGACUAUGCAAAAUGUCAUCAUAAUCAGUCGCCAGCAGUUGUUUUUGUUUUGUUUUGGUUUUUUUGCGUUGUGAGUGAAGCAAGAUUUAUUGCUCUACACCUUCUAAAUUAGUAAAAUCACACGGAGGUGCUACAUUUACCCAUCUGCUCACCAGACCUCCAUCACAAGACAUCAGAAUAUGUUGGAAAUCCACUUAUCCUUACAUCUCCAUUUAUUCAGAGGAAUACUUGGUCAGAUUGAGCUGUAAUACUGACAUCAAACCUGAAUUCAAACCUGCAUUAAAAAAAAACAAAACUCAUGCUCGUGUAGUGACCAAACUGCAGCUGUUGGCCAAACUGUCUUCCUCUUCCUCCUACGCUGAGGCCUUUGACUCCCAGCUGAGAAAACCUGACAAGGACACUGCUGAGAGGAAGAAACUUGUCAUCAAGUCAUCAAACAGCCAUAGGGGGCCUGCUUGUAAACGACUAACUCUCUAUGCAUGUUUAAGAGGCACUGCAUUCCCCAGAAUUAUUAAAUGAAUCCCAGAAAAUAAGGAAAAUAAACAUUACAAAUACAGUUUUGCAUCCUGGACAUACAGUCUUGGAAGCAAUUAUUAGACCAUCCUUAUUUUCUUCAAUUUCUUAUUCAUUUUAAUGCCUGGUACCACUAAAGGUUUAUUACCUGAAGUAUACAAUGAACUCGACAAAAAAUGUGGCUGAUUACGUCACACUUCAUGUCCUAUUUGACAUGCUCAAGCUUAAUUGUAUUCCCAUGCUAUAUAAGAGGCCCUUUCUGUUUACAUAUUUAUAUCUUUUCAGUAUUUUUUUAUUUUAUUUGUAUAUAGUGCGCCUUUUUCUAUUUUUUAUCUAUGGCUGGGAGUCACCAAUCGUAAUUUCGCUCUGUGGAAACACAGUGACGGGAAAGUUUCUUGAUUCUUGAUUGAUUCUUCAUGCCAUAAGCAGCACCACAUGCAAAGGCCUAGAGUGGUUUCCUGCUUACAUUCAAGCCGUAGCACAGCUCAAAAGUUGUCAGCUCUCACGUAAUGCCUAAAACAAACAAAUUAUGUGAAGCCACAAAGGCAGCAAUUUUGGCACUGCUGGAAAUUGACAUGAGUGAGAGACAGGUAGCAAAAAAUGAAGCUCUCCAAGAUAGCUGUUCAUUAAACCAAGGAAAAACAAGCCCAACAUGGUACUACCAAAUUGCUAGCUGGUCGUGACAGGAAACGUCUUUCUACCCCAUGAGGUGACCGUGCACUCAUCUGUUCCUGUGUCAGGAAUCGUCAUCAGACCUCCAGGGACCUUAAAAAUGAAUGGGCACUGUGGAGAAAUGUGACUUGUUCGGCAGAAACGGCUCGAAACCGAUUUCUUGAAGCUGGUCUGAAGUCACACAGGGCAUGGAAGAAGUCCCAUAUUCAGUAUGGAUGGAACAGGACAAAUGCAAAUGUGUGAAGGGUCAGUGAACCAGGUCACGUUUGGGCUACUCUUGAAAACCGUGUUCUUCCAUCAGCUGGAAAACUCUUUCCUGCCUCCAAUGACUGGAUUUUCCAACAAGACAAUGCCCUUUGCCACACGGCAAGGUCAGUUAAAGCCUGGAUGGAGAACCAGAACAUUGGAACCAUGCUUUGGCUUGCUCAAUCACCAGAUCUAAAUCCAAUUGAAAACCUGUGGAAAAUCAUCAAAUGCAAAGUGGAGAACCACAAGCCCAAAAACAAAGACAGUUAGUUUGAAUUUGUGUAGCAGGAAUGGGCUGCUGUGACAGCAGAACAAUGUCAGAAGCUGGUGGAGAGCAUGCCAAGACACAUGGCUGCAGCCCUCAAAAGCAGUGGUUAUGAAUCAAGUACUAACUCCUGUGUGAAUUAUGUGACUAAAACAGACACAAAAGAAAACAUGGAACGCCUAAAAGCUGUUUUUGGCAGUACAAUGCUGUAGCUAUUGAUGUAAGAACUAAAGUGAUUUUGGUUAUUAUCAAGAAAACCAUGGAAAAUGUCCAUGGAACUCUUCAAUUAAACUCAUGUGAGCUAUUUUUGUUGUAAUCAUUAUAUUUGUCCAACCAAAUGUGCCUUUAGUUGUACCAGGCAUUAAAAUGAACAAAAAAUUGAAGAAAACAAGGGUGGUCUAAUAUUUUUUCCAUGAUUGUAAAUGUACACUCAAAAAUAUAAACGCAACGCUUUUGUUUUUGCUCCCAUUUUUUAUGAAAUGAAUUUAUAGAUCUAAACCUUUUUCCGCAUACACAAUAUCACCAUGGGCUGCACAGUGGAGUAGUGGUUAGCACUUUGCCUUGCACCAAGAAGAUCCCUAGUUCGAAUCCCGGGGUGGGCCUGGGAUCUUUCUGCAUGGAGUUUGCAUGUUCUCCCUGUGCAUGUGUGGGUUUUCUCCCGGUACUCCGGCUUCCUCCCACAGUCCAAAAAUAUGCUGAGGUUAAUUGAUCACUCUAAAUUGCCCGUAGGUGUGAAUGUGAGUGUGACUGUUUGUCUGUAUAUGUAGCCCUGUGACAGACUGGCGACCUGUCCAGGGUGUCCCCUGCCUUUGCCCAAGCCAGCUGGGAUAGACUCCAGCACCCCCUGCGACCCUAGUGAGGAUAAAGCGGUGUAUAGAAAAUGGAUGGACAAUAUCACCAUUUCUCUCAAAUCUUGUUCACAAAUCUGUCUAAAUCUGUGAUAGUGAGCACUUCUCCUUUGCUGAGAUAAUCCAUCCCACCUCACAGGUGUGCCAUAUCAAGAUGCUGAUUAGACACCAUGAUUAGUGCACAGGUGUGCCUUAGACUGCCCACAAUAAAAGGCCACUUUUAGAGCCUGUUUUUCAAGACAUGUAGGGAUGGGUUAAGUAUACAAAUGCUUUUUUAGCAAGUAAUUACAAGGAAAAAUGUAAACAUAAAAUUUAUAUAUGUAAUUGUUCAUGCUUGAUUCUGUAAAUGACAUUUUUAUGUUGUUGCUGGUUGAGCUGAAGCAAAUUUUACCCACCACACAUGUAGUUUGGGUAGUUUAACUACCCAAACUAUAUGUUAACUAUGUAAAAUGCUCAUCUGCAAGUAAUUAAAGCUAUGAAAUAGUUGUGAGAAACUUUAAAUCAAAAUAUUUGUUGCAGACAUGUUGUGGAAAAGCAUAAAAGCAAGCAUCACUUGCAGUAAUAUUAAAGUUACUUAUUCUGCUUCUAUUGAAAAAAAUAUACUCAUCACGGUAAAAUUCCUUUCAGAUAUUAAAGUAAACCUUGAUUUUUCCAGUCACUUCCAGUAUAACCGGUGUUGUUUGUGUUUGUGGAGCAGGGACAGAAGGCUAUGGGGGGGAGAGACGGGAGGUAAAUGAAGAGUUGAAUGAAAAUGAGGCCAUUUGGUCGAAUGUGUGAAGAUCCACACACCUAUUUAAGAGAGCAGGUCAGAGCUGUGGGCUCUUAUCGCGAAAGGACAGCAGACGGACAGGAACUCAAAGCUAGAAGGCCAGAAAACAACUCAAAGAAGAGAUCUCCGGUGCAGCCACAGAGGAAUAUCUGAGAGAGAAGAAGCUGUGGAGUGAAAUGCUCCUUUGUUCCAGGUGAAGAGGACGAGUGAAGGAACGAACGCUGACCAGGAGAAUGCUGAGCGUGGAGAUGUUUCCCGGUUUGGCUCUGGGACCACAAAGGAUUGGAGACUGUUUCUACAGAGACCGGGAGGUUCCCGCUCACCGUCCGCUGUUUCCUCCCACCUGUGACGUGUCGGCAGCAGCUCUGCCUCCGAGGCUGCUGGCUCCUCCUCCCGUCCCCAGCGAACCCUCGUCCAAACCCCAGAAAGAUGAGGUGAAGAUGGAGCUGGAGAACUCGUCCUUAUGGAAACAGUUCAGCUCAGUGGGCACAGAGAUGAUCAUUACAAAGAAGGGCAGACGGAUGUUUCCAGGGUUGAGGUUGAAGGUGUCAGGCCUGAAUCCGUCUCUGCGUUACAUCCUCCUCCUGGACAUCGUUCCACUGGACAACUCCCGUUAUCGUUUCCAAGGUGGCGGCUGGCAGGCUGUUGGUUCGGCCGAGGCGAGGCUGCCAGACCGGGUGUUCAUCCACCCAGACUCACCUGCCACCGGCGCACACUGGCAGAGCCGCACCAUCUCCUUCCACUACGCCAAGCUCACCAACAACACGCUGGACACACAGGGACAUAUCAUCCUGCAUUCGCUGCAUCGCUACCAGCCCAGAGUUCAUGUGAUUGAAGCCAGAGAUGUGUUAAGGUGGGGGGGAGGGCAGCACUCCUUCGUUUUCCCUGAGACCCAGUUCAUCACUGUGACCGCCUACCAGAACAACAAGAUCACAGAGCUGAAGAUCAACUCCAACCCCUUCGCUAAAGGCUUCCGGGAGGAUGGCAUGAACAGCAAAAAACAAAGAGAUGCAAGACAAAAGCGAAAAAUUGCUGUAUUGAACGAGACAUUGGAUAUCGUGAACUGUGAUCCCUGCGACUCCACUGAGCUCCUGCAGCAGCCCUCAGACACCAACACAGACCUUCAGGCUCUCGCUCUGGCCUCCCUGCCUCCACUUCCUGACCCUUCAUGCGGGUUCAGACCAGAUGAGGCUUCGUAUCCGGACGCUCUGGUUCCAGAGCAGCCGCUAGACCUCGGCCAGGCAUUCAUGGCAUCUCAGAUGACUGAUAUCAGCAUCACGAUGGCCAACGGGAUGCAGGACACAGCGGGGAGUGAAGUGGCAAACAAUAUGAUUGAAAGAUCAGACUCGAUGGCUGAACCGGCGUUCACCUCCAGCCUCCCUGCCCCUCCGCCCAACUCCUCCUCCUUCCCCUCAGCUCCUCUUCCUCAGCCGUCCUCCUCCUUCUCCUCCCUCCCCUCCUCCAACACCUCCGACCCUCAGCCCUCCAUCCCUCCCAUCGACUACCCCUCCCUCCUCUCCUCGUCCUCCCCCACGCUCUCCGCCGCCGCCACCACCCCGUCGCUGCAGCAGACCUCCUUCACCUUCCCCACUCCCCCUCCUUCCAACACCACCUCCCCGCAGCCCCUCCUUCCAUCCUCCUCCCCUUCCUCCAACCCCUACCACGCCGUCCCGGAGACGAUCAGCCCCCACGCCCAAACCGACGCCUCCUUUGCCGCCCCGUCUUCCACAGGUCAAAUGUCAGCUCAUCCUCUGCUCAACCAGACGCUGCAGCAGGAACCCGGUGGAGACGACUCACCCAGCGAUCAAAGCUCAGCGGCGUUCAUCUACCCAAACGUCCUGCCUACAAAUCCUGAUUCCGCUCAGCCUCUAAACCAACCAGUGGCUCCGACUCUGCCGUGUUCUCUACCUGCUCAUGGGGCCUCCACAUCUUUCGCUUUCCCCUCCGUCCCUCCACCUAUGCAGAACCUCUCGUUUCCAAAUGUCUCUCCAAGUCCUGCCCUGCACCUCCCACCUCAACCUCUCACCGCUGCCUUCCCUCCCUCCUCUUUCCCUCACCCGUCCUCCUCCCUUCCUCACCCUUCUUUCCAGCCCUCCUCUUGCUUGGCGCCUUCUUUCCAGCAGUCGGCCGGAGCUCAUCUUCAAAACCUGCCCAAUCCCUCCUCAUCCUCCUCCACCUCCUCGUACCCACCGGUAGAAAUAGGAGCCGUCCCUCAGUUUAAUCCGGCUCCCCCCUACAGGCCGGAGGUGGUGCUGCACCACCCGUCUCUUCUCCCCCAACUGGAUUCUUCCCUCCCGUCCUCCACCCCUCCUCCAGCCCUCUACCCGGCCUUUCCGUCCUACCCUCUGCGGCUGUGUCAGGACCCUCACUCGUCCCUCUCCAUCCCCUUCAGGCAUCUGUACAGACAGCACCAGCAUGGCCACCCCCACCCACAGGGGUCCUACCUGGAUAUGAGCACAAGAGCGGUGUUUUGAAGUAUAGAUAGGUUUCACAUGACGUCACACAAUCGGGUCCACCAUAUUGUGUGGCGAGUGUUGAAAUUGUUGUGGUCAGGAGUCAGCGAGCAAGAUGAGUACUUUGAAGUGACCUGGGGGAACAAGUGGUUGAUUGAGCAAGAUAAAUAUAGUUUGCAGUGUGACUGGGGACAAGAAUGGUUCACGCCCAGAAGGCCCAGUUAAACGGAGCUGAGGGUGAACAGACAAGGAAACUCACCUGGCUGAGGCACCACACUUGGCAAUUAGUAUCUGUUUUUUAACCCGUAUUAUUAAGAAAUUGUCAUUUACUUUGUAUUCUAUCAUUCAAUUUGUCUUCCAUAAAUACACUUUAUUGUGGUAAAAUAAACUUUUAGUGCAUCAAUUGCUUUGAAAACACAAUUGAAAUCUUGUAAACAGCCAAAAGUCUUACUCAAAUUUGAUUGUUUUAUUGAAAAAAAAAAAACAUUUCGGGAGUUUUAAUGUGUGCCGAAUGAAAGAUAACAAAUGUAUAACUUAGACAAUUGUGGAAAUUAGGUGUUUCAACCGUUAUUUGCUUUGACCCAAAGAUCUUUUCAAAAUAGCUGCUUCUCAAAGCGAGGAUUCGCGUUGCCCCAACAGGACACCAUACUGGGAGGUUAGCUCACAUUAGCGUGAUCCUAGCCAGACUCCACUGUUUAUUCCAGUUAAUUUAAUUUAGAUAGACCAAUGAUACGCUAAUUAAUAGAAAAAAAAUCAUUAGGUUCAUUGUUAGUUAAAUCGGCGACCUGAAUUAAUGCUGUUUUCGGACGAAUUCUACACCAAACUGUGUUCAAAAUCUCGGCAAAAAAAAUCUGUGUCUGAAGUACUACUUCCUCAUAUUGUGAGCGUAAAUGGCUGAAACUUGCUCAAUUGACUCCAACUUCCUCUAUCGGUCUUUUGAAGUGCUAUCAAGUGUGUCAAUAUACUUUUUCAGCUGAGUGGCAGCCAUAGCCAACAAAUGGACUCAACAAAGUUUGCCACUCACCAUGGCGCUGAGCUACUUACUGACCCGGAAGUGUGACGUCAGUGAAACCUAUCUAUAGUCAUGCUGAUGCUAUAAGCGCUUUUAGGGAAAUUAGCAAUUAGUCUGAGUACUAGUGUAGUGUUCUUUGUGAGUGUGUGUUUUCUCAACAAUCCAGCUGAUGAGGUUGAUGAAUUGGAUGCUGAUUUGUAUAUACUUGGUAAAGAUUUUCAAAUGUUCAUUCCAGUGUGAAAAAUAAAGCGUUUCCUUAUCCAGG